AUGAUGACCCCGUGUGAAAGCGGGUAUCGCAGGGUGUACGAAUACACCGAUGGGUAUUGGAAGGAGUCUCACAGAAUGCUGUCAGGCGUGUGGGGCAACUCAAAGGGUCGGCAUGGAGCUGGAAAACAGUCCGGCUUUAUCAAUGCAAACAUUGAUGGAAAGGAGGUUUUGCUGGUUACAUCGUUGACUGAAGCUGUCCAAGGAACGAAGAUAUUCAAUGGGCUUCACCUUUGGGUAAGUGACGGCAACCGCGUGGUCCAUGUGGGGCUGAUAUCCCCGCCUGGCAGAAGCGUCGGUUCCAGCACUUUGCUUUACGCAAGGGGCAACCUGUUCUCUCUACACGUGGAAGACGGUGAGAAGGGAAGUGCUGUCGUAUUGACACACCUGUCUGAGGAGCUGACGAGGGUAAAGCGACUGUUGUCGGAGUGGAAGACGCUGGGCAACAAGUAUUCAGCGUCUUGUACCCGUUCUGCUGCAAACCCUGGCUUGGAUGGUGAGUGUGGGCCAGCUGUUCCCACAGAUGGGCUUGUAAGCGUUUUUGCCGGCAAGCACAAAGACAAUGCAUGGCAGGACAGCUACGGCUGCAGUAGUGCCGUUUUGAAGAAUGCAAUUCCUGUCACCAACGGAUUUAAAUUCGGUGGGCACGACGCCGGUGCGUUUUUGCCCGUGAGCUACGGGGUGCAGCAUCAACCGUAUCAUUUUGCACAUCACAACUUUACUCUGUUGGCCACAGUGACGAUGGAUGGCGACAAGAAGGAUCAUGGCACCGUCUUAGGCGUCAGGGUGAGGCUUCCCGAUAAAUUGAAGAAGCGUUUUGGGCUUGGCCACAACCAUGGAAGAUGGAUAGCUCUGUACGGGAAAAACCGGGUGUCUUCAGGAGUCAGCUGGAGUGCGAAACAAGCGUACCAAGUGGCGCUCGUUGUGCAGAACGGUAUGGGUACCAUAUACAUUGACCAAAAGCCACUGAAGGGAGCCGGGGGGCGAGUUGUGAACUUUGCGGCGAAGGAAGAGAUCGUGGGAUUUUACUUUGGCGCGGGCGUUUACGGCACCCUCAACCGUGGGAAAAAGACCAACUUGACCGUGACGAACGUCUUUCUUUACAACCGUCCGUUGAGUCCCGCUGAGCUCCCGGCACCAUCAUAG